AAUCUUUGUUCAUCUUUCUCCGUAAACGGUUUUGCAUUUAAAUCCUUUUGGAAUGCCCAUUGAACAGUUGGUCGUAUUUCUAACCGUAGGUUAUGUCCUUGAUAGAUAGGUACAAAAUUCACGGGGCACUCGAAAGUAAUUAACAGGACUACAAAAAUUUUAACAGUUAUUACAUUUAACGUGAACGUUUUUUGACCUUAGUAACGAAAUCUAGAAGGUAUUUUGUCAGUUAUUUCAUACUUGUUUGUGUCAAUGUGUGAGUUUAUACUCGUAUUAUAUUCUAUGGCGCAUAUUUUGUAGUUUCAGUAAAUUCAUAAUAAUAAAGCAUUUAAUAUGUUAAUAUGUCAACGAAUUUGCCGCCGCUGGCAUUGGAUCAUCCGCGCAUACACCCACGUUGCUAUCUGCCCAUGUUUGUACACAUGUCUGGGUGUUUUCACACAUUUCGGCGCGCCUGCAUUGUGUGAAGAAUCCAGAGUGUCUAUUACAAAGGGUGGGGCGAUAUCGCAAACACAAUUCCACUGGAGUGUCAUACUUAAAACCCCCGUGGCAUAGGUAUUUGGAAUGUCAAAGCUCACAUAGGAAGAUCUAAAAGAUGUUCGAAUAUUAUGCACCACACCUUCGGGUUGUCACAGCCGAACUCAGUUUAUUGAAGGCAACAAUUGCAAAAUUAUUUUAUCAAUUUAUUUCAAAUCUAAAGAGCAUGUUUCGGAAAGUCAUCUGAAUUAUGCAACCAUUAGAUACAAUGAAUUGAUAAUUUCUUAUAAUUUUGACAUGAAAAUUGUAUGAUCGAUCUUUGAACCUCCCUAAUGUGCGCACCACAUCCGAGUUGCAUCCGAAAUUUCUAAAGGCGUAGACACUCGCCACUGGUGUGGCACACUAAAUAGACGUGGUAUGCCGUUGCACAGUCAUGGGUGGUGCCAAUCAAAGCCAAUUGCUCACAAUUGAAAUUCCGAAAAAUGAUAAAAACCCAUCAGCGCACCCAACCUGCAAUAAUACGAGUGCGCGCAAGUGUUAACCACCGAGCCGUGACACGCCGCCAUAAGCUAUGUAUUUCAACCGCCUUUCAAUCAACUGCGAGUACACCGCUAGUUGAGCACUUAAAUCAUCAUCGCGGUAGGUAGUGGGUGCUACCUUCUGCCAUCAACGCAAUGCUACGGACUCCUCCACUGUACUUGCGUACUGUUAUUUCAAUUCACACGCGUACACAUAUGCAUACUCGCAAGCAUAGUGACAGCGGUGGCUAUGUUCUAACAGUACUCAGGCGAUCCAUAUACACAUAUGUACAUACAUAUGUACUUACUAGGGUAUUUAACAAUAGUUAAUGACGGAUAUGCAAUUUUAGUGAUUUGGAAAAUAUGACUUAUGAAAAACAAUGCGAGAAUAUGCAGAAGUGUGAUAUAUAAAUGAUCGAAAACAUAUGAAUAGGAGUGUAUAUAAAGUAAGCAGCAGAGCAAUCGCGUGGCCAGCACUUACAUAGGUGACUGUGUGUACCUAAAUGAAACGUUAUAAAAUACGUCAAUUUCAUAUAUUCAUUUGCGGAUUUCUUGUUCAACGAACACGUUCGAAUCGCGCUGUAAGCGUUCGAGUGGUGCAAACUCUUUCUGCAUCGUAAAUUUUUCGUUUAUGAGCCUUUGAGACGACGACACCGGUCGCUUGAUUAUUGCUCGCAGCACGUCGCGUCACGCACCGUAAGCAUCGCCUGCACCCCUGUGAGGCUUGCGCAUCCCGCCGUCUUGCACAAGCCGCAAGCAUUUGCACAAUGCAUCAAGCGUGCGCCACUGCAUCAAUUGUGCCAGUUUUGCUUGAAUUCCUUAUUGCAGACAUUUGCUAGUAAUAAUUGUGGUUAAGACAAAGCACUACUGGCUAAACAAUAAUACCAAAAACAACAACAUCAACAAUCAACAACAAUACCAACAAUCAUCAACAGGUGUCAUUGCAUUUCUGCGCGGCUCUCUGUCCGCAUAUGUGCGUUUGUGUGCAUGUGUGUGCGUGCACGUUAUAGCAUGGGUCGAUAUAAAGCUUUGCACACACGCACGCACCUGCACUCGCUGAAACGCAUGCGCACACACUCUCGCACUUACCACUCAAAACACCACUCGAAAGCAUUCGCAACAUUGGCGUCAACCACGAGUAAAUAGCUGCGGCAAUAGCGACGCAUGACGGUUAUUUGUUUUGUAAGCUGUUUUACUAUUUAAUGGUUUUCAUGAAUGGCCUGGGACCUGACCCUCUGCCAGCGAAGGAGGCAGAGGGACCCCCCGUUCAAAUGGAACCAGUUGACCUUAGCUUACGUUCCCUACAAGGAUCUCAAUCAGCAAACUACAAACUAUUUGGAAGUAAACACAAUGAUGGAAAAGGUAGCACUUACAGUACAUAUUCACACAAUAGAGCUUGUGGAAAUAAUAAAAGCAGUAAAGGUGGUAAUAGCUGCAGCCCCAAUUACAACCAGGAUCGCUUCACCUCAUACACAACGAGUUCCUCCUCUUCCUUCACCACAUCAACUCAGCUACAGCAAUCCACUCGACAGUAUUUAUCACCAUUUUCCUCAGCGGUUUCUAAAUUUCCCAUCCCCCCGCUUCUAACAUCAUCAACAUUCUUCUUACCAUAUCGGCGCAUGAAGGAGGAGGUUAGCAGUAAAACUAGCACAUUAUCAAAUAACAGCAAUAUCAGUAUAAAUAGUGGCAAUUUCAACCAAAGCUUUAAUCAAGCAUCUUCUCAACCUCACCGAAAUACUGGCAACAUGAUUACACAUUCCUUCACAUCCUCCACACUGUCAUCCACAGCUGAAACGCCAUUUUGCAAUCCAGCUGUCGCAGCAGCUCAACGGAACUUAAUACAAGACUACGAUCGGAAAUUCAGUUUCCUAAGCCUUUUCAAAAAUUCAUAUAAACACUCAACGGAUCGUGGAUCUUCAUCAUUCAGCUCGAGAAUUUGGAAUUCCAACGAUACGAUAUUGCCUUCGGCUCCGUCAAAUAUUUCGUCAUCGUACAGUAAAAUGACUCAAACUUCUGCUAAUUCUAAUUCGAUAUCGCCAUGGAAGAUAAUGUCUUCAGCAACUCCAUCUAGUAGCAUGAAUCAAGCGCUUUCGCAUUCCAGCUUUCAAACACCCGCAAAUAAUGACGGUCGCAAAAAUGCAUUCAGCAGUAUAGUUUUGAGGGGAAGUGGCGGUAUGUUUGGACGUUGUGACGAGCCAAGCGGAAGUAUGAAUACAAUCGGCUUUAGUGAUCUCUCUAAGAAUCGAAAGGUGCACAAAUGUGACACGGAGGGUUGUGAUAAAGUGUACACAAAGAGUUCUCAUCUGAAGGCUCAUAAACGCACACAUACAGGUGAGAAGCCAUAUGUGUGUGACUGGGAGGGGUGCGUUUGGCGAUUUGCAAGAUCGGACGAGUUGACGCGUCAUUACCGGAAGCAUACCGGUGUGAAGCCUUUUCGCUGCCAGCUCUGCACACGCUCGUUCAGCCGUUCCGAUCACUUAUCCCUGCAUGUGCGCAGACAUUGAACUCCAAGCAAACAAACUUAAACAAACAAA